GAAAAUCAUUAAUUAAUUAAAAGGUGCUUAAUUAUUGUAAACCUUCUGCUCUCUCUCUCUCUCUCUCUCUCAGUCCCAUCAGUCAUCAAUCUCUCCAUUGCUGCUUCUUCUUCUCUUUGGAAGCUGUUCAGGGUGCCUGGAUUUGCUUUCUACCUGCACACAUGAUGAAUACUGGGUUUGUAGACAAUGCAUUUCGUCCUUUAGAUCUAGGCAAUUUUCCUCCCUGGCAUAUCACUGUUACUGUUGCUGGCGGGGAGACACGUCAUAUCAACAUCCCAUAUCCGAUGACUAACAAUGUGAUUGGUCUUCCUCUUAGUUUGGGUGUUCCUGAGGUAAUAGCUGGCCGUUAUGAAGUGUUGCUACGUAUGGUGCAGGGUAUGAGAGAUCUCAUUACUGGCAUAGUUCGAGAUUUAGCUCAAUGCCAGCAGGAUGCAGCUCACUUCAGGGAGGAUGCAGCUCGCUUUAGGCAGGAUGCAAUUCGUUUUAAGCAGGAUGCAGCUCGCUGUCUCCAGGAUGCAAACCGUUACUAUUGUGAGCUUGAGAAGUUGAAGUUCAGAAUGGGUGGUAAAGUGGUGGUUUCUAAGGUCUUAAUGUCUCCGGUUUCUUCAUCAAAAAAGAGGAAGUUGGGUACAGAGGAAUCUGGCCUUAGUGAAACACAGGAAGUUUGUAUUGAGAAACCUGAGCACCUGCCUCCACCAAAAUCCAAAGAUUGGCCUUCCAUCCAGGAAUCUGUUAUAGAAAAGAAUAUGGUUGAGUCGGAUGAGGUGCCCCGACGCGAAGAUGUCCAAACUGAGAAGGUUGAAUUCGUUGCAGGGGUUGUGCCUAUCAGGGAAUCUGUUGAUGCUUCAACAAUAUGUACCUCAGCCAACUGCCUGAAUGUUGACUCCUGGUCAACAUUAAGUAAUUUGAAUUCCAUAGAUGUCACUCCUUCCCUCGUAGCUUCAACAAUUGUUUCAGGUCAAGGGGAAGAUGAAGGGUUUGAAUAUGCAGAGAACUUAAAGUCAGAUGACUUACCCCUUACUAGUGUGAAGCAUUCGCAGGGUGAAAAUGUCCCCACUUAUGUGCACACUGAGCAGGUUGCAUCCGUUGCAGGGGUUAUGCUUGUUGAGGAACCUGUUGAUGCUACAAUGAUCUCUACGUCCGUCAAUUGCCUGACUGCUGACUGCACAACAUUAACUAUUUCGACUCCUAUAUGUACCGCUCCUACCCUCAUAGAGUCCACAAGCGUUUCUAGUCGAGUGGGAGAUGAAUGGCAUGAGGAUGUGGAGAACUUGAAGUUGGAUGCCUUACCCCUUGCUAGUGUGAAGCGUUCUAGGAGCGAAGAUGUUCCCACAAGUGCAUCACUAAUUUGUUCUGAUGUGCGAACUGAGCAGGUUGCAUCCGUUGCAGGGGCACUUGUCGUUUGGGAACCUGUUGAUGCUACAAUGACCUCUACCUCCGCCAAUUGCCAGACUGGUAAUUUCACAGCAUUAACUAUUUCGACUCCUGCUGAUAACACUCUUCCCCUCAUAGUGCCUACAAGUGUAUCUAGUCGAGUGGGGGAUGAAUGGUUUGAAAAUGUGGACAAUUUCAGGAUCCCAAAAGUAUAUGCAGAUUUGUAUAAGAAGAUCUUUAGCAAGCAUGGGCAUAUGGCGACUAAAAAGGUCAUCAGGUCCAAUGAUGACAUACUACUUGCAGCUGUUACUAGCUUGAUGAAGAUUGUCUCUAGGAUGGAAACUAUACGGGGCGUGGAUUUGAGUGUAAAGCUGAUAGAAAGUUGGGAAGGACACAUUGGAGAUGCUGAGACCUUGCAAUUUAAUAUCAAGUGGCUUCGUGAGAUAUUCACUAAACUCAAAAACUCUUGGAAGUCGUCUUUCAAGAUAGAUAAAGAAGUUGAAAUCCGUGAACAAGUAUUGGAUGCAACACAGGUGGAGUAUGCUGGUCUUCGUUCAAGAAAAGACGAACUUGAGACGGAACUUCUGGAGGUGACUAUGAAAAUUAGGGAAUUUGAAGGUAAGAUUUCAUCUGAACGCGAAGCUAUCCAAGUAAAGAUGGCAGAGAAAAACAUAUUUUUGUUUAAGCCUGUUCUGGGGAAUUUGUUUAAUCUGGAGAUUACAAAUUGAUUGCCGCCGCGUCCGUAGUAUGUUAUUAAAACCGUCAGAGAUUGAAACUCGUCUGUACAGUAAUCUAUUGUGUGGUUGUAAGUAGUAUAUGUAUUCAGUGUUUCUGCUACGAAACAUGGAUGGUUCUUGUCAUUUAAAGGUGUUUUUUUGAGGGUGACAUCUGAAUCUGAGUCUGACUCAUGUCUAACGGUUGUUCAUUUUGAGGUGUCUGAAAAGUCUGACAAAUGGUUUACAUUAAAAA